UAAACUCGUAUCGUUUCAUACCUAACCGUGACUUUUGUUUAUCAAUCAAGUUGGAUAGUUUUAUUUUUGAUAAGUAAAUUAUCUCCGUUGUCCGUUGCCUGCAAAUAUGUUUGUAGACACACAUAAUCGCAAAUCAACUAAUAGAAAGAACAUGAUGAAGUGACAAAGAAAUCAUUUUAAGUGCAUCGCGACAAAUAACUCUACGUACUUGCAUGCAAAUGUAUGUAAUUCUGAUGUUUUCUAAUCAUUAAUUAAACAUAACAGUAGAAACUGACGUGGCCGUCAAUUCUAGCAAUUCCUAAUAGCAUAUGAGUGUUGGGCGUUAUGAUCAUUGCAUUUAUAAGCUGAACGCUGGGUAAUUCGGUGCAUAGUCUGAUUACGUACAGGUUUAGAAGAGCAUUACCGGACGUGGAGGUGAUACUAGCGCAAAUAUGAGUUUAUCAGACAUUUCGAACAAAUUCACUGAAAAAACUUUGGAUGAAAUUGUCCAAAAGGCAGGUGGUACCAAACACACUUCCUACAAAUUUGGGCCAGGUUUCAAGAAGGGCGAUUCUUAUCUAAGCAAAGUGUUUCGGCUUACUGUUGACGGCGUUAAUGAGAAAAAUGGCUCGGUCCUUGAAGUCCAUCUCAUUUGCAAAGGUAUGCCCGACAACGUCGCACGCAGAAAAGUAUUUCAUUCCGCCGACUUCUUUCGCAAUGAAAUAAACUUCUACACAAAGGUUGUGCCUGCCUGGGAGGCUUUCCAAGCCCGUCGCAAGCCCACAAAUCCUUUUACCGAAUAUCCAAAAUGUUUUGCAUCACAUUGUGAUGGCGAAAACGAUUUCAUUGCACUAGAAAAUGUCAGUUUCCGAGGUUAUGGUGCACCAAACAGACAAGAUUAUAUUUCAUUGGAAGAUGCUUUGUUGACAAUGCGAACAUUGGGUCGAUUUCACGGUAUUUCUUUGGCUUUCCGCGCUUUGGAGCCAGAAAAUUUUGAGGCGGCAGCAAAAGGUUUGGAGGAAACCUACUACAAUGAAGGUAAACGUUCCUGGUACAUUGGCUUUCUUGGUUUAGCCUGCAAUGUAGCUAAAGAUGCUAUUGAAAAAACCUAUCCCGGCACUAAAUACGAAACUAUAGCUGCUAAAUUUUUGCAACCUACACCGCUGUAUGACGAUCUUAUCAAGCUCGUAUCUACAGAUUCUCCCUUAGCUGCUAUUGGACAUGGCGAUUGUUGGACACCAAAUUUCUUAACUCGUUACUCAAAAGACAAUAGUCCAGAGGCAAUUAUAAUAAUUGAUUUUCAAUUGGCGCGUCGAGCUUCUAUCGCUUUAGAUAUAUCAUUCUUCAUAUACUCUUGUACAAGUGAGGAGCUGCGNUAAAGCGCGAACGUAUUGCACAGAUAUUCAAACAUGCCAUCGACCAAAGCUAUAUAAAGAAUUAAAGUCACAAUAAGUACAAUAAAAUUGCCUAUACAUAUAUUUUUAGUCAAAAAUUGUAACAUUCAUUUUUAUUUUUAAUAUUACUAUAUGCGAAUUUAAAUAAAUACAUUUAUGUACAUAU